AUGGCACUCCGUACGAGCAGCUGGCUGCCCAUCCUUGCCCUCGCCCUCAUCCUCUACGCCCGCCCCACUUUGGCAUUCGGUGCCGGAAACAUCGGGACGACCUCCAAGAUCGAAGGAGUCAACUGGCGCCACGGCGAUAUCGAAGACACCCUUCUCACCAUCCUCACCGCACGUGCCUUUGGCGGCAAGAAGUUUAGCAAGCUCGACGUGAAGAGGACGUACUUCGGCAACUGGUUGAGGGACUACAGUCAGGCGGUCGAUGUUGGAACCGUCAAGUAUGUCUCGGCCGAGGCCAUCCGACUCCUGCUCUGGGUCUUGGGCUUCAUGAGCUUCGGAUACGGCACUGGCGAGUUCGAGGUCACCGCCGAGAGAUUGGGCUGCUACCGACCCGAAGAGCACAUCGACAACCCAAAGGACUAUGCCGACAAUCUUGAUGCUACUCAAUAUGAUCGCCGCCUGAGAGGUCCUGUUGACGAAGAGCGGGAGCUCAGCAUUGACCCGCGUACGGGCCUGAAGCAAUAUAUUGCUACUGAAGAUGCUGGUAUUACAACUUCUGCUGGCCUGGUCCGUCAUUUGUUCCGCCGCUCAAUCGAGCUUGGUCGACGCUACAAGCAGUCGAGAGAUGACCGCGACUUCUACGAAGCUCUCCGAUUGCUGGGCACUGGUUGUCACUGUCUCGAAGACUAUUCAGCCCACAGCAAUUACACUGAACUGGCACUUAUCGAGUUGGGCGAGCGCGAUGUCUUUCCCCACGUUGGUCGCCGCACGCAGAUUCAGCUUGAAGGUGUCCGCCAUCCAGUCUACCCGAUCGUGACCGGCACUUUCGGCGGAGUGGACUUCCUUCAUUCGGUCAUGGGCGAAUUCUCAGACAAGACCACCCAGUCAGAGCUUCAAGAGCUGGAGGGAACGAUUGAGCAGUCUCAAAACGCGGACACGAGCCUGCUGAAGGAGCUCCUUGAUAAGCUUCCUCCAGGCAUCCUUGGAGACUCGGACCACGACGCCAAGGCAGAUCAACUCCAAGCCAACGCUCAAGCUGCCCAGAUGCAGAACCUCACUGUCUCUCCGAAGGAGCCAGAGGAAGUCACGCGACAGAUCGCCGAGAUCUCUCAGCAGAUCUAUCCCAUUCUGAAGUUUCACGACGAGAUUGUCAAGUCCAUCUCUGAGGCAAUUGACAAGAUUCCCGUGCUUCCCGAUCUGAUCGAGGAGCUUCAGAACCAGGUCUCCGUCUUUGUAUUCUCACUGCUAGCGCCGUUUAUCGUGCCCAUCAUCCGACAAGUCAAGGAAGAACUGCGCACUGGCUCGUCUGAGAUCAUUCAAUCCAGCAAGGACAAGCAACUUAUCGUAUUCCACGACGACAACUCGACGGACCCAACGCACUCGAUGCUGUCCAAGGAUCAUUUCUCCAAUGUGCUCAACGAGCCGGCCGGCAAGGUCGCUAGCCAAGUGUUGAAGUGGGUUGUUCCUCAGAUAGUUGCAUGCUGGGAUGACGACGGAAUCGACAUUCGACGCACCAACGACCGUAUCAUCAACGGAGUCUUCCAUCACCCGGCUCUCCGCGAGUCUGGAGACGAUGAUGCCCGCGAUGGUAGGAUGGCCAUGUUUGGCGUUGUCGAGCGCUGGUGGAGUGAGCUGGAUGAUGGUGAGAGGGAAGAUCUUCGCGAGAAGCUGUCCCGGAAUGGCGUACAAGAAGGCCGCAACCACAAGGAGGGUGUACAAGACUCUGGCCACGGAUGCGGCAAGCCUCUCGGUCUGCCAACAAUGCAGACGAGCCAGAGCUCUGGCGCUAUGGGCGGUGUCAUGGGCGCUCUCAGCGGCACUGCAGGCUUUGGCGGAGGACGGCAAAGCAGCCAAGCUCAGAGCAAAAUUAGUGAUACUGUAGGUGAAGCCGUUGGAGGCGGCGCCCUUGGGUCCAUCGUCGGAGGCUUGGCUGGCGCGGUCGGCGGAGGCCUCCUGGGUGGAGCAUUUGGUGGCGAGGAGAGCGAGACGAAGACUUAUCAGAGCAACCAGUAUCGUGAGGAUGGAUCUUACAAUACCCGUAUCACAGAGACAGGCCAUCGCCCCGGCGGCCAUGGUCAGCAAGAGCGUUACGGCCAGGCACAGAUUUCUGAGACUCAGUAUGGCUCGGGCGGCUAUCGCGAGGAGUAUCAGCGCUAUGAGCAGGAUGGACGUCAAGGCGGUACUGGCUACGGCUUCGAGCAAUCUCGCGACGUCCGUCCCACGUACGGCGGCGGCUACGAGCAACGCACUGAGAGGACCUACGAGCAUCCCGGUGGCAGAUGUGAGACCGAGGUCCAGGAGCAGCGUGUCAGCAGUUCUGGGCGCCAGUAUGCACAUGAAGAAAGCUAUAGUGGACACAGAAAGAAGGACGACAGUGACGAUGACGACGACAGUGGUGAUGAUGAUGACUGGGAGAAGAAGGAGAAGAAGGAGAAGAAGAGGCGCGAGGAGGAAGAGAAGCGCCGGAGAAAGCAGCGGGAAGAAGAGGAGAUGUACGGCGGCGGCGGCGGACAUGGUCGACGCAAGAGUCGCUCUCCUUCUCGCGAGCGCCGCGGCUCCAACGAGUACAAGAGACAGAGUGGUGGCUAUCGUCAGUCUGAGCAUUCUGAUGAAUACGAGCCGCGAAGCGGCCACGGACGCCCAGAGUACUCCUCCGAGAGCCGUCACGAGCAGAGCAGCUACGGUGGCGGACGCAACCAAUACGAACAGCAGUCAGGCUACGGUGGGCCUUCCGGCAACGAGUACGGCUCGUCGGGCUAUGGUGGCCGCAGUGAGUAUGGUCAGCAGCCAAGCUACGGCGGCGACAGCUAUGGCGGUGGCGAGUACGGCCAGUCUAGACCGGAGUAUGGAGGCGGCUCUGGUCACGGCCGGGACGGUGGGGGUGAGUACGGACGACGUCGCGAUGAUGAGGAUGAGAUGCCGGGCGGCAGGGGUGGAUAUGGCGGUGGAGGCAGCUACGGAGGUGGAGGAUAUGGCGAGGGAGGCUACGAGGAGCGCAGAUGGUAG